AUGAAGACGGAUUUCAAGUUCUCCAACCUCCUCGGAACUGUCUAUAGCAGGGGCAAUCUGGUCUUCAGCCCAGAUGGGACCGACCUGUUCUCGCCCGUGGGCAACCGAGUGACGGUUUUCAACCUUGUUGACAACAAGUCUUACACACUUCCUUUUGCCCACCGAAAGAACAUCGCGAGAAUAGGGCUCACGCCUCAGGGCAACCUGCUCCUCACAAUCGACGAAGAUGGCCAGGCUACACUGACCAAUAUCGCCCGGCGUAUCGCCAUUUACAACUUUUCCUUCAAAGCUGCGCCCACAGCACUCUCGUUCUCCCCAUCCGGUCGUUACUUCGCCGUCGGUCUCGGUCGCAAACUCGAAGUAUGGCAUGUGCCGUCCACACCCGACGCACAUCCGGACGGCGAGCUGGAGUUUGCGCCCUUUGUCAAGCACCACACACAUACCGGUCAUUUCGAUGAAGUGCGGCAUAUUGAAUGGUCCAGAGAUUCAAGAUUUUUCCUCAGCGCCUCGAAAGACUUGACAGCACGAGUAUGGAGCUUGAACCAGGAGGAAGGGUUUAUUCCAACAGUACUGUCAGGUCAUAGGCAGGCUGUUGUGGGCGCCUACUUCUCAAAAGACCAAGAGACAAUAUACACCAUCAGCAAGGACGGUGCUGUCUUCCACUGGAAAUAUGUUGCUUCAAAACGCGGCGGCGAGGAGAUGGACGACGAGGAACAGGAGAAAGAUUUGCGCUGGAGGAUAGUCAACAAGCACUACUUCAUGCAAAAUAACGCUCACCUGAAGUGCGCCGCAUACCACGCCGAUUCAAACCUGUUGGUUGCGGGCUUCUCAAACGGAAUAUUCGGCCUGUACGAGAUGCCUGACUUCAACAUGAUUCAUACCCUGAGCAUAUCACAAAACGACAUCGACUUUGUCACCAUAAACAAGACGGGAGAAUGGUUAGCUUUUGGCGCCUCAAAGCUGGGCCAGCUCCUGGUCUGGGAAUGGCAAUCGGAGUCCUACAUAUUGAAGCAGCAAGGCCACUUUGAUUCUAUGAAUUCACUCGUCUACACGCCUGAUGGCCAACGAAUAAUCACGACGGCAGAUGAUGGCAAGAUCAAGGUCUGGGAUAUUGAAUCCGGAUUCUGCAUUGUAACCUUCACAGAGCAUACCAGUGGCGUCACGGCGUGCGAAUUCACCAAAAAGGGCAACGUGCUCUUCACGUCCAGCUUGGAUGGAUCAAUAAGAGCGUGGGAUCUCAUCAGAUACCGAAACUUCAGGACUUUUACAGCACCAACGAGGCUUUCAUGGUCAUGUAUGGCCGUGGACCCCAGCGGAGAAGUGGUGGCUGCUGGCUCUCUUGAUUCAUUCGAUAUUCACAUCUGGUCUGUUCAAACGGGUCAGCUUCUGGACCAGCUCGCAGGUCACGAGGGACCUGUGUCGUCGCUUGCGUUCGCUCCAAACGGCAACACUCUGGUCAGCGGUAGUUGGGAUCGGACUGCAAGGAUAUGGUCCAUCUUCGACAGGACGCAAACGAGUGAACCGUUGCAGUUGCAAGCAGAUGUUCUGGAUAUCGCGAUCAGGCCGGACUCGACACAAUUCGCCAUCUCGACCCUGGACGGCCAGCUGAGCUUCUGGAAUAUGACAGAGGCGCUGCAGGUCUCAGGUCUAGAUGGCCGAAGAGAUGUAUCUGGUGGGCGGAAAAUCGGUGACCGGAGGACGGCAGCCAACGUAGCUGGGACAAAGGCCUAUAACAGCAUUAAGUACAGCGCGGAUGGCAGUUGUCUGCUCGCAGGUGGCAACAGCAAGUACAUCUGCUUGUACUCGGUCGCGACGAUGGUGCUCCUGAAGAAGUUCACAGUCAGCGUCAAUCUGUCGUUAUCAGGCACGCAAGAAUUCCUGAACAGCAAGCUUUUGACGGAAGCUGGUCCGCAAGGCGAGCUUGACGACCAGGGAGAGGCUUCCGACCGGGACGACCGUAUAGACAAGUCUCUUCCUGGCUCGAAGCGAGGAGACCCGUCCUCCAGGAAGAACAUGCCCGAGGUGCGGGUCUCGGGCGUCGCCUUUUCACCAGCCGGCACAGCGUUCUGCGCAGCCUCGACGGAGGGCCUAUUGAUCUACAGCCUCGACAAUGUUCUGCAGUUCGAUCCCUUUGAUCUGAACAUGGAGAUCACGCCGGCAGCGACACUGGCAGUGUUGGAAGACGAGAAGGACUACCUCAAGGCACUGGUCAUGGCAUUCCGCCUCAACGAGGCCGGUCUGAUCAAGCGGGUGUUCCAGGCCAUCCCAUACCAGGACAUCCCGCUGGUCGUGGAGGAGAUGCCCGUGGUCUAUGUCCCAAGACUCCUCCGCUUCGUCGCCGCCGAGACGGAGUCACCGCACAUUGAGUUCUGUCUGCUCUGGAUCAAGGCGCUGGUGGAUAAGCACGGCGCCUGGCUGACGGCCAACAGGGGCAAGAUCGACAUGGAGCUACGGGUCGUGAACCGGGCGGUGACGAGGAUGAGGGACGAGAUCCGCAAGCUGGCGGACGAGAACGUCUACAUGGUGGACUAUCUCCUGGGACAGGCUGAGACCAAGGAUGCUGCGCAGGAAGGGAAGGCGCUUGCUUGGUCACUUAAUGGCGAGAAUGGCACAGGCCUCCUGACCACUGGCCAGGAGGGCGUGACUGUUGCUGAUCUUGUGAGCGAGGGGGAGUCCGAAGAAGAGUGGAUUGGUGUAGAGUAG